AUUUUUCAGAUUUCAAACAAUUGAUCAUAAAUAUUUUUUAUUCACUAUUGCAACUACUCUGCAACUAGCUACCGUGGCUUUUUUUCACUAUCACUGCACUAUACACCUGCAAUACCACUUACACGACAUCACCACUACUCCUGUAACUACUAUCACUUUAUCACCAUUGUCACGGCACCAUCACAACUAUCACUGUCAAAACCCCACCAUUACCAUUACAAUUACAUUCCCACUGCCGUGUCCAUGUAACAAUCUCACUACUAACAGUCACAACACCGCUACAACCACUACACCCACACUGCCACUACCACCACAAAUACCACUAUUACAAAAUCAACACUACACUAUACUCUUCUGUCACCACCACUACCACCACCACUCUAAUGUCUACAUUAAUUGCUCUACCAAUGGAAAGAUCUGCCAGUUCAUUGAACGAGGCACCUAUUCCAAAAUCUCACCGUAUCAAGAUUGUUGUUUGGAAUGACUUGGACCCAGAACAAUCAGAAUCACUUAUGAAAGCUCCAACACUGAAAAAAGUAAAAGAUAUUCUUGCUGAAAUCUUUAAACUCACUAAUUAUGCAACAGUAUAUAAAGAAAAGAUUCUACUCAACCUUUACACAUAUUCUAUACAAUUUGCAAAGGAAGAAAAAUUCAAAUCUGAGCAGUUAUCUGCCUAUUUUUCAAUUGUAAAAAGAGUUCAUGAAGUCUGUACUGAAAGUCCCUUUGGUAACUUGGAUGACACAUUUAACUUUUUCAAAGAUAUACUCCUACAUCAUAGCGUCAGUCGUCCACCAUACAGCACUGAACUGUUUUCAAUAAGUGAAGUAAGGAAGAUAUCCUAUCAUAUGAUUAACACAUAUUUUAGACACUUUAAACUAUACAAGUAUGCAUUCACUCCACAGGUGCAGCUUGAUUUAGCUUUAAACUACAUUGGAGAAUCUGAAUCCAUGACAAGCCAAGAAAUACAAGUUGAUUCGCUAAAAGAGAAGAAAGUGAAAAGUGAAACUGAAACUGCACUGUCAGUGGCUGAAAGCAUUGACGAAAAGGAGAUGGCCUUGAUUUCUGAGAAAGAGGAAGCUAAAAAAUACUUGAGAAAAAUCAUCACAGAAUUCUUACAAGCUAAAAUCAAUGAGCUGAAAAUUACAGUAAACACAAAGUUAAAGGAAUCUGAAGUGAUGUUGAAUAAUAAACUGGAAAUUGCUGGCUACAAUGAAUAUCUUAAAAGACAUACAUCAAGAAAAUUUCUCAAAUUAGGGAGAAGAAUAACAACCAUUGAAGGAUGUAUCAAAACAAAAGACAAAGACAAAAGUUCAUACUACUAAGGUGACAGGAUAUUUUUUGUUUGUGACAGUUAAAUAUAUAAGAAAAAGAAUAGUAAUGAGAAAAAAAUUAACAAGGAAAGAAACUUAUUUUCUGUUCAAAAAUAUUUACUAAUAUACUCCAAUUUCUAACAUUGUAACAAGGGGUGAUGGCGAAUAGAAUCAGCAUCAGUCAAUGACUAGAAGGUAUCUAUUGACCCUGGAAAGAUGAAAUACAAAAUUGACCUUGGUAGAAUUAUUACAGGGG